UCCCCUUUCACGCAAUGUUUCACACAGAGACAUCCCCUCCUCCCCUGGCGCCAACCAAAAGCCAGUCAUGGUAACUAAAGGAACUGAACAGAGAGACGAAGCCUUCAACAUCUUCCCAUACCCCUGCAUCGGCCAAAUGCGCUUCCUCAGCUGCCACCUGGCGCGUCUCCCGUUCUACCCGCAAGUCCUGGCGCGGCUGCGCGCCUCCCCGGCCCACGGCUUCCUAGACGCGGGGUGCUGCGUCGGCCAAGAGCUGCGGCACCUGGUGCACUCCGCCUCGAUCCCGGCAUCCCAGCUGUACGGCUUCGAUUUAGAGCCGGGGUUCUUCGACCUGGGCUACAAGCUCUUCCGCGACGACGCCCAAACAUUUCCUGCGACGUUUGUGGGCGGGGAUUUCGGGGUCGAGGAUGAGGGGGAGUGGGCGCGCGGGGAGAUCAUGAGUACCGUCAAGGGGAAGGUGGAUGUUGUGUGGGCGGGCUCGCUGCUGCAUUUCUGGGAUUAUGAGGGCCAGGUCCGCGGGGUGAUGCGGUUGAUUGAUUUGACGAGGGGUGAGGUGGGGACGAUCGUGUGUGGGCGGCAGAUGGGGAGUACGGUGGCCGGGGUUUAUGAGCUGAAGGGGUUGAUGGAUCAGACGAUGCAUUAUCGGCAUGACGUGGCGAGUUUGUUGGGGCUGUGGCGCGAGGUGGAGGGCAGGACGGGGAUGAAGUGGGAGGUGCGGGCGGAGUUGGAGGUGGGCGAGACUACGGCGAAGAUGCGCAAUAUGAGCUUUGUGGAUGAUAAUGCCCGCGUGGUUUGGUGGUGUGCUACCCGGGUGCUGUGAGUUGAUUUUAUGGGUGGAUGGGGAUCGGGGAUUGGAGGUACGGGAUCAUGAGAUAUGAGUUUGAGCAUGAGUAUGAGCAUUAGGGUUGUUGCGUUUGGCCAGGGAGGUGAAAGGAAAGGGGGGUCUGGGGGUUCUCCCCCAGAACGCCUACCCCCAAGUCUCAAAGAACAGUGGCAUCCGGGGGGAGAACCCCCAGUCCCCCCUUCUUUUCCGCUCCCCAGACAAUACGCAGUCACUGCCUGUCCCUAUUUUUGAUGUACUGUACAUACCCGAAGGGACUACCGGAUAUCCACAUCCAUCUUCACCAGAAUCCCAUUCGCUGACACCAGGCCUGCCGUUGCCCCCCGUGCCCGGUCUUCGGGGUCCUUGGAGGCACAGCUGGUGGUGGUGAAAUGGCCCAUCUGCAGCUGCUCGGUGCUGCUGCUGGCCU